GUUGGAUGCAGCUGCGGAGCGGCGAGAAAGAGAGAGAGACUGAACGGUGAUUGAGAGAGCAGAGCGGCGGCAGCCAUCUUAGAUCUACCGCACUAAUCCCACAUUCACAUCUUCUGGAUAUUAUUAUAACACUGAGUGAAAUCUGAUUUUCUCGGUCGAGAGAAGCCAGAGUGAGACUGUUUGAAGCUUUACGCGUUUCUUUACAACGACGGGAUGCGGAUCCGUGAGGUAAAACCUUUCGCGUCUGCAGUCGGUCUGCUUUUGGGACUAUUAUGCGCGGUGGAGGCAGUUAAAGUAAAUAAGCACAAACCAUGGAUCGAGACCACGUAUCAUGGUAUUGUGACAGAAAACGACGACAAAGUUCUCCUGGACCCUCCACUGAUAGCUUUGGAUAAGGAUGCACCAUUACGUUACGCAGAGAGUUUUGAGGUGACCUUCACCAAAGAAGGGGAGAUCUGCGGCUUUAAGAUCCACGGGCAGAAUGUUCCGUUUGAGGCGGUGGUGCUGGAUAAGUCGACGGGAGAGGGAGUGAUCCGGGCUAAGGACAAACUGGACUGCGAACUGCAGAAGGAGCACACCUUUACUAUUCAGGCAUAUGACUGUGGGGAAGGACCUGAUGGAGGCAACAUGAAGAAAUCUCACAAGGCCACUGUCCACAUCCAAGUAAAUGACAUGAACGAGUACUCUCCAGUUUUCAAAGAGAAGUCCUACAAAGCCACAGUGAUCGAGGGCAAAAAGUACGACAGCAUCAUGAAAGUGGAGGCCGUGGAUGCUGACUGCUCUUUCCAGUUCAGUCAGAUCUGCAGCUAUGAGAUUGUCACCCCCGAUGUGCCCUUUAGUAUUGACAAGGAUGGCAACAUCAAGAACACAGAGAAGCUGAACUACAGCAAAGAGCGCAUGUACAAACUUACAGUGACCGCGUAUGACUGCGGUAAAAACCGCGCCUCUGAGGACGUCCUUGUCAAAAUCAACAUCAAGCCCACCUGUAAACCAAGCUGGCAAGGAUUUAACAAAAGGAUUGAAUAUGAACCUGGCACAGGAAGUCUUGCAUUGUUUCCUAGCAUGCACCUGGAGACCUGCGAUGAGCCAAUAACCUCCAUUCAGGCCACUAUUAUGUUGGAGACAAAUCACAUCGGCAAGGGCUGCGACAGAGACACGUAUUCCGAAAAAUCCUUGCAUAAGCUCUGUGGUGCAAGUGCCGGUACUGUGGAGCUGCUGCCCGCUCCCGGCAACUCUGCCAACUGGACCAUUGGCUUGCCCACUGACAACGGGCAUGACAGCGACCAGGUGUUUGAGUUCAAUGGCACCCAGGCCACAAAGGUCCCUGAGGGUGUGGUAAGCACCAGCCUGAAGGAACCCUUUACCAUCUCAGUGUGGAUGAGACAUGGACCCGGAAGCAGGGAGAAAGAAACCAUCCUCUGCAAUUCUGACAAAACCGAGAUGAACAGACACCACUAUUCUCUGUACGUACACAACUGUCGUCUUGUGCUGCUGUUGCGUCAGGACCCGACUGAAUCUGAGAACUACAAACCUGCAGAAUUCCACUGGAAACUUGACCAAGUGUGUGAUAAAGAAUGGCAUCACUACGUGUUGAACAUCGAGUUCCCGGCAGUGACUUUGUUUGUGGAUGGUUCCACCUUUGAGCCUUUCUUGGUCACAGAGGAUUAUCCGCUGCAUGCCGCCAAGAUUGAAACUCAGCUCACCAUCGGUGCCUGUUGGCAAGACCUCUCAGGACAUGACAAUGAUACUCAAACACUCUCAGAGCCCUUGACAGGUGGCAGCGCCCGCAUGACUCAGUACUUCCGGGGCAGCCUGGCUGGACUCAUGAUCCGUACUGGAAAACUGGAGAACAAGAAGGUCAUUGACUGCCUCUACACCUGUAAAGAAGGUCUUGAUGUGCAGCUUCCAGAAGAAGUGGCCUCAGCUGUAAAGGUGGAGUUUAACCCCAACCAGUCUUCUCUGAGCCUAGAGGGAGAUGACAUUGAGAGCUUUGAGAAGGUCAUGCAGCACAUCUCCUACCUGAACUCCCGACAGUUCCCCACACCAGGCAUCCGUCAUCUUCGCGUCACCACCACAGUCAAAUGCUUCAAUGAGGAGACAUGUAUCUCCGUGCCCGACUCUGAAGGUUACGUGAUGGUCCUCCAGCCAGAGGAGCCAAAGAUCAGCCUCAGUGGAAUUGACCAUUUUGCCCGCGGAGCAGCCGAGUUUGAGAGCACAGAGGGCGUCACGCUGUUCCCCGAGCUACGCAUCGUCAGCACCAUCACCCGCGAGGUUGAGGUGGAUGCUGAGGCAGAGGCUGAAGGAGAGGAUGAUCCUACAGUGCAAGAGACUGUGGUAUCUGAGGAGAUCAUGCAUAACUUGGACACCUGUGAGGUGACUGUGGUUGGAGAUGAUCUGAAUGGAGAUCAUGAGAGCUUGGAUGUGGAUCUGGCCCAGAUUCAGCAGAGAGGUCUGGAGAUGAGCUCUUCCAACAUGGGCAUUGUCAUCACAGGUGUUAACACAAUGGCAAACUAUGAACAGGUGCUGCAUCUGAUUCGCUAUAGGAACUGGCACACGGAUGCUCUGUUUGACAGGAAGUUCAAACUGGUCUGCUCGGAGCUCAACGGCCGCUACAUCAGCAAUGAAUUUAAAGUGGAGGUCAACGUGAUCCACACAGCCAACCCCAUGGAUCAUGCAAACAAUGCAAUGGUCCAACCUCAGUUCAUCAACCAAGUCCAACAUGCUUCAGUUGACCUGUCAGGACACAACCUUGCCAACACACAUCAGGCUUCAGUUGUCCCCAGUGCCGCCACCAUCGUCAUCGUGGUGUGCGUGAGCUUCCUGGUGUUCAUGAUUAUCCUGGGCGUGUUCCGCAUCCGCGCGGCUCAUCAGCGCACCAUGAGGGACCAGGAGAACGGAAAAGAGAACGAGAUGGACUGGGACGACUCGGCCCUCACCAUCACCGUCAACCCCAUGGAGACUUAUGAGGACCAGCACAGCAGCGAGGAAGAAGGCGAUGAGGAAGAGGAGGAGAGCGAGGAUGGCGAGGAGGAAGAUGACAUCACCAGCGCAGAGUCAGGCAGCAGCGAGGAUGAGGCCGGUGAGCCUGAAGACCAGCAGAGCUCCAGCAGACAGCAGCAGCUGGAAUGGGACGACUCCACCCUUACCUACUAAAACACACACACAGAUCAGUACACACACUCGCACAGUCACACCCAAUAGGGACGCCCAUGUUUCCCUUUCAGCCCCUACCUACAGAGCCAUGCGUACAAACAACAACGUAAUAAUUAUACAAUAUAUGUACAAUAUAGAUGCGAAUAUAUCUGGUGUCUGUCGUGACAGGUGUUGCAGCUUAUUUUCCACCAGCCGAGGCUGACAUCUUAUCGUGGUGAUUUUCUGUGUAGUAUAGUUAUCACAAGAUCCAAGUUAUUAAUUUAUUUCGAUUUGCUUUUCUUUGGAGCCGUGUAAGGACACAUCCCUGCACUUUUAUUUUGACUUUCUGCUUUAUGGAGUCGCGAGAACGAUUUAAUGUAUAAUCCUUGCACAUGAAUUUAAGAUAGAUUUGCUACAGAAUCUAGAGGAAAAAAGGUUUGGACUCUUUGCUUUAAAAAGCAUUUUUUGUCAAUAUUUUUCUUCUCUCUUUAUAUUGCAUGGCAAGAUUUGCAAUCAUGGGUAUGAAAGAAUACAAUUGCUUUUUGAUAUUUUGUAAAUAUGAUGAAACCAUGUAAUUAGUCAAUGUGUUCGUGAAAGCCUAUCCGACGACAAAAAUACACUGCUGUAGAAUAUUUCCGUCAGAAAUGCUUUUCGCAUGUUCAGUUCAACUUUUCCGUCAUGCUCGUACGAGACGUUCGCUUCACAGAGAGAGAAACCCAUGAUAGCGGCUGAGGUUUCUGUGACAGACUCCAUUGUCUUUCCUCUCGGGUGGGUGUGCAUCUUAUUUUUAUUUAGGCGUGGAAUCAGUUCGGUGUUUCGGCUAUACGUACGCUAAUACUAGCUGAGCUCGCAAUGGCAUUAACGCUACCACAGCUUCUGUGUUUUAGUCGAGUGGUGGCGCAGACGUUUUUGUUUUGGGGACUAAUAAUCACAUUCAGGUGAUAAAUAUACUGUUGUUUAUUGCGUGGUACUGUAUGUUGUACAAUUUAGGAACAUUGCGAUUAUUUAAGCCAUUCUUAAGUGAUAGUCAGUGCUUGUGUUUUCUGUAAUACAUAAAGACCAAUUGGAAUCACAGUAUGCACCAAUUUGGGAAACAUUUUGCGACUGUAGUGACUGUAAGAAAAAACUGCACUUAAAUUCAUAAGUAUAAUCAACAUGGAAGUCAUGUACUGUAAUCUUGACUGGUGAUGAGUUGCUGUAACUUAUCAAAUAAUGUUAAAAUAAGUUAAGCUAACUCUUUGUCACUGAUAAUAGUUGAAGUUGAUGUGACUUCCAAGUUGGGCUACUUAAAAAUGUAAGCGCAAAAACUCUUUUUUUACCGUGUGAGAUGAUGUGCUAUCGGUGAUCGGUUAUAUGAGCAUUGUUAGGUCUGUGAUGUAUUUAACAGACCCGUGUUGAUGACAAUUUUAGCUCAAGAUGGUCAGUUUGAACGGUACUGAAAAUAAAGUAAUGGGGGGAUGUUUUUAUUUUUUGUAUUUUAUUCAUUUUCGUUCGUAAAUUCAGGGUUAACCCAAUGACGUUUAGUUUAGUAUUGAAUUCUUGUCAUUUUAAAGCCCCUAAAACUCUUUUAAGCAUUUAAAGGGCUAACCCUUCCUUUAUCACAACACAUUUCAAUUUACUAGUAAAAAUACAACAUACGAUAUAUAUGAUAUUUUUGCAGUACGGCCGCUAGAUUUUAUUGUACAUGGAACUGUACUGUAGAGUUGUGUAAUGAUAUUUGUUUACAUUUGGUAAACUUUUAUUCUAUUUUGGUGAUGGUAUCUUCUCCAGGUUUGCAUUUCUCCAUGUAGUGGCAUCAGUUUGAUUUUUUUGACUGCGAUUGGAAUUUUUUUAGGAUGCACCCCUCUCCGUAAUACUGAGCCCCUAAGUUGACAUUGGAGUAAAAAAAAUCUAAAGUUUAGUUUCAUGUGCUCACGCGAAACCUUCAUGUGCAGAAUUUUUUUUAAAGUUUAGUUUCAUGUGCUCACGCGAAACCUUCAUGUGCAGAAUUUUUUUAAAGUUUAGUUUCAUGUGCUCACGCGAAACCUUCAUGUGCAGAAUUUUUUUUAAAGUUUAGUUUCGUGUGCUCACGUGAAACUAUCGCGUGCUCACGUGAAACUAUCGCGUGCGCACGUGAAACUAUCGCGUGCUCACGUGAAACUAUCGCGUGCUCACGUGAAACUAUCGCGUGCUCACGUGAAACUAUCGCGUGCUCACGUGAAACUAUCGCGUGCUCACGUGAAACUAUCGCGUGCUCACGUGAAACUAUCGCGUGCUCACGUGAAACUAUCGCGUGCGCACGUGAAACUUUAGCUUGCGCACGUGAAACUAUCGCGUGUGCACGUGAAAAUGAAAGUUUCACGUGCACACGCGAUAGUUUCACGUGCGCCUGGGAAACUAAAUGCGAUUGUUUCACAUGCGCAUACGAAACUAAACUUUAUUUAAUUUUUGCUCCAUGUCCCCUUAGGGGCUCCGUACUACCAAAAUGGCCGUAUUUUUCGGGAAAUAUCCAGUUUUUGGAAAACCAGAAAAUAUAUUUAGUUCCCGGUGGGCUUAAAAAGAAUGUUAAUUAUUUGGGAGAAUUUUGAUGGUUUAGUUAAGAGAGAAGUAAAGCUUUAGGGUACACUAUUAAAAACGCUGGGCUUUUCAACCCAUUGUUAGGUCAAAUAUAAACUUUUUUUUUGGUUAAUUUAACCCAACGGCUGGGCUCAUCCCUUUUUGACCUUAAUAACCCAGCAUUUUUUAGGGUGUACUUUAUUCAGAAAACCAUUUUUUGUUGAUGUAUUGUUUAUAGGCACGUAUUUCCUCAGUUUAAGGUCUAAAGUGAAAGGUUGUGAAAGAUGGUAUAAAUAUAAUUUUAUAUGUUAUGAGGAAAGGUACGAUGGGGAGUUGUGAAGAAGGUCUGUUUUUGUGACCAAUGAAAGGGCGAAGAAUGAAAGAUUUGUUCAGAAAUGUUGACUCUUAUUUUUUUAUAAUUAUAAUUUUAACUUUUUUUCUUUUUCUUUUGACGAUUUGGUCAACAGAUCCCCCUCAUAAAUUCAGCUGGAAGAGUUAGGAGUGCCUUUUGCCUAUCACAGCCCAUUAAUAACAGAGCUAACAUUCAUCCAUGCCAUUUUAGUUAUUAUAUUUUAUAAUAUAAUUUAACAUUAGGUUUCUUAUAGGCACACGGAAGCGAUUUUUAUUUGAUUUGAUUUCAUUUUAUGUUAUACUAGGGGGUCAACAGCUAGUUUUCUCAAUAGUGGACGUUUUAAUUGUCCAACAUAGAUGUCUUGUGUUCAUGUUGAUGUGUAGCUAAAAUAGGUCCAUACUGUAUCAUCAAUGAAUAUUGUACUAAAUCAUGUCACUUUUAAAAAGAUGUACUUUAUUGAAAUGAACUUUAGGCAGCAAAUGUGGAUAUAUGAGUUUUAACAAUUUGUGUAUAGUGCAAGGUGAUCUUGAAGUGUAUUUCCCGAAUAAAGAUAAAGAGGGCAGCAUGAAAUUCAUAACUCAAGACACAAUCCAUUUCUCACAAAUAUAACAGAAUGUUUGUUUUCAUAUUUCAUUUUGUUUAAAAACUGUUUCCGAUCAGAUGAUGCGGAUCACUUCAUGAGACCAAAAUUUGUUUGAUGUUUAUACUGAAAAUCGCACAAAUCUUUACUAUAUCUGUCGUCCUUUUCCCCCCUCCCCAAUACAAAUAUUCAUCUGCAGGUUCUUAAGAGGAAACAGUGUUUAAUGCAUUUUAAACAAUGUGAUUUUGUCACGUGGUUUGACAAUUUUAGGAUGCUGACACAGAAACGUUCCCAGAUGAAAUAUUUUCGGUGUGAACAGCUGCAGGUGGUGUGUAUUUAAAGGGGCAUCGUCUUUGCAUGUGUAACAGAUAUAAAUAUUUUCUGUAAGUGACACAUUGAAGCUGAAGAUGGGUCAGGACCGAUUAUACUACUGAAUCAAAGAUUAGCGUUUAUGAAUUUGCAGUCUUCAGUGGUCAUUGUUCACGUUUUGAAUUCUUUUUUGCUCUAGAAAUGAAAACUGGGGAUGUUGUAGAAUUGUUGGAUGCUGCCCUCAAGCUCAUUCACUUUUCUAAAAUUGGACAAUUAUAGUGAAGUCGAUGCUUGUUAUUGAACAAAAUAAAGGAUAAUGAGAUGGGAAA